UCAGACGCAGCUGCCUUACAGCAUUUGCAGGAGUUGUGACAUGUCCUGGGCUCCAGUGAGUACUUGGAGCAGGCGGACACCUUUGGCAGCUUGCUGUAGUGCCCCAGAGCUCCCUCCUGCUGGAGCCUGGAAAGCUUGUGCUGCUGGUUCUCUUCGAAUUGGACCGCAAGGGAGGUGUAAAAUGAUGAAGAACUGGGGAAUGAUUGGUGGCAUUGCUGCUGCUUUAGCUGCUGGAAUAUAUGUUUUAUGGGGCCCCAUAUCGGACAGAAAGAAAUACAGGAAAGGUCUUGUACCUGGCCUGUUAAAUUUGGGAAACACCUGUUUUAUGAACUCUCUGCUCCAGGGUCUGGCUUCCUGCCCAUCUUUCAUCAGGUGGCUUGCAGAUUUCACGUCAAAGUACAGACAGGAGAACAACACUACAGAGCAUCAGCACCUUUCUGUCACCUUGCUUCACCUCCUAAAAGCUCUGUGCAACCAGGAGGGUACUGAGGAUGAGGUUUUGGAUGCCAGCCCUCUAUUGGAAGUCCUCAGGGCUCACAGAUGGCAAAUCUCUUCCUUUGAAGAGCAGGAUGCCCACGAGCUGUUCCAUGUGUUAACUUCGUCAUUAGAAGAUGAGAGGGAUCGCCGUCCUCAUGUCACUCAUCUUUUCGACCUAGAUUCUCUGGAAUUUCCAUUGGAACCUCAAAGGCAAAUCCAUUGCAGGACACAAGUGCCCAUCUAUCCUAUUCCUAGCCAGUGGAAAUCUCAGCAUCCAUUUCAUGGGAGACUCACUAGUAACAUGGUGUGCAAGCAUUGCCAACACCAGAGUCCAAUGAGAUAUGACACAUUUGACAGCCUCUCUUUGAGUAUCCCAGUGGCUACAUGGGGUCAUCCCAUAACGCUAGACCAGUGCUUGCAGCAUUUCAUUUCUACAGAGUCUGUUAAAGAUGUUGUUUGUGAAAACUGCACUAAGAUCCAUGCUGCACAGAUACCAAAUUCGCAGUCGGUAGAGAAUCGCAAAACAACAUUUGUGAAGCAGCUGAAGUUGGGGAAGCUCCCUCAGUGUUUGUGCAUCCAUUUGCAGCGUCUAAGCUGGUCUAAUCAGGGCAGUCCCUUAAAACGAAAUGAGCACGUACAGUUUAGCGAAUUCUUGGCUAUGGAUCGAUUUAAAUAUCGGAUAUCUGGAUGUUCCACGAGUAAGCAACCUGCUAACCAUCUCUCUGCUGCUGAGCAGGAAACAACAGAUGGGAAAGAAGGUGGUGCUCAAAAUCCCACAAUGCCAUUUCUGAAUGGAGCCUGUUCUACCUCAUAUAUAUCUCCUCCAUUUACAAGCCCACUCCCAACCAACCCUGAAUGGACCUCCUCAUCAUAUCUAUUUCGCUUGAUGGCGGUAGUAGUUCACCAUGGGGAUAUGCACUCUGGACAUUUUGUAACCUACCGGCGUUCUCCUGCUGCCAAGAACCAGAAGCUCACUAGCCAACAAUGGCUUUGGAUUUCGGAUGAUACUGUUCGGAGGACAAAUUUCCAGGAAGUUCUUUCUUCUAGUGCUUAUCUGCUUUUCUAUGAGCGUAUCCAAUCCAAUCUUCACCAUCCAGAAGACCAAAGGGCAGCAGAAAAGUGAAACCACCACAAGGGAAAAGAUUACCCUAAACUUCAGCUUUAAACAAAGCAGGGCAAAGCAGAGACCAGUCUUACCUGACAAUGCACGAAAGGGCUUUUUGUUAACAGCUGGUAAUUUGUGCUUUAUUCCAUAUUCUGUGAUCUUGAUGAAAUUUAUUGCAGGGUGAAAAGAACAACUAAACAUGUUAUUUAAAAGUAAUUCUAUUUCAUUUUUAUUUUUCAAAAGAUGAAUUAACCACAAGUUUAGACGUCCAAAUAGACCAGACUCUGCCUAUAAUUUUAAACUGAACCCAAUUAUUGCCUUAGGGGCAGAAAACCAUAAUUCAUUUCAGCACUUUGUUAACCACUUACUACUUGUAGUGGAAUAUUCUAGUCAGUGCUAAUAAAGGAAAGUACAGAUAGGGCCCCAUAAAAGGUGCAUAUGUGCUACAAAUAAUAGCCCUUUGUAUCUUUUUUUUAGAGGUAAUUAUCAAACAUAUAUUGAAAUAUAUUGUCUCACUGACAUAUUUUGGCACCUAUUUUUAAGCACCCGUAAACACGAACAUAAACCAUUUGGUGUCAGUAAGGCAAUUUUUAAUAAAUUUAAAAAAGCUGCCACAAAACAGUUUUGCAAUUAAUUUGCCAUCAUAAAAAAAUGUAUAUAUGUACAUAAGAGAUAAUUUAUUCUUAAAAAUUGUAUUAUGAAAUUCUGUAAUUGGAGUUUUAGUUUUCUGAUGAUGUUAAUCUAUGGUAAUAAAGUUAAUUUUGUUAAA